CGUGUCUGCCUGCCUACCACUGACCGGGAAUAUCUGCCAUUUUCCGCGUUGCAGGAGGCUCCAGAGCACCGGGAUCCAGGCACAGGCACCGCCGCAGAGCCCCUAUCUGGAGUCAUGCAGUCCUUCAGAGAGCGGAGUGGUUUCCAUAGCAACCAGCACUGCUACCAGCAGGAACCCCAAGAUUUACCGCGCCUCGAGAGCUACAGACAUCAUUACAGCCAGUCCAGACAGGGCUACGAGCCACACGCUUUAGCUUCUGCAGGGAUGUCAACAGCGGGAUCUAAAGACUGUUACGGGCAGCAGAACUAUCCUGUCUACACCAGCGCCACACAGACUAAAAAACCAUACAGAGGAGGCAAAACUCCAAACCAGCAUCUGCAGGCGGGCUACAGUAACCACAUGGGCACCGGAUACACGGCCCAGUAUAUAAGCGAAGGUCACCUGCAGCAGAAAUGGGAUGAGUCGGCUCAGAUGACCCAGUUUGAGCAGGACAUGGUGGGUCGUCUAGAGUCUGGGUCAUCGCAGUACCUAGAGCAGAACAUGCUUGCUAUCUCUCAAAGUCAGUGCCAUCUCCCCUCCCAGUCCUCCGCCCCAGUCUACACCAGUCCGCAUCAGCAGGGAAUCCCACCCAACCCGGCGCCAUCUCCUUUAAUGUACCCACAAGGCCACAUGCAUUUCCCUCAGCACUCGCAAACCUCUUCUUCACCUUCAUCGGCUUAUAUGGAGAAAUGUAAUACAGUGUCACAUGGCUACAAAGGCUACGGGAUACCACCUAAUGCCCAGUAUGGAAGACAACUGAGCAAUCACAGCAGCCUAAAACCGAGUGGAUAUAGACCUCAGAAUAAUUACGGUUACCAGCAAACUCCCCCGAGGUCUGCAUUUGAGCAGGGCUCCCUGCAGGGCAUGUCUGGUACACAGGAGAAUCUUCAGAAAUUCCAGCACUACAAUCAGACCCAGCAAAACUACUGCAUAACUGAUAUCUCUGUAAGGUCGCCGGAACAAUACUAUCAGACCUGCAGUCCUAGUUCCAGUCAUUCACCGGCGAGGUCUGUGGGAAGAUCUCCCUCGUACAAUUCUACACCAUCACCCUUAAUGGCGAAUGCUGAAUCCUUCCAGUAUGGCCAGCCUCCCAUCAACCCUGGGGCUUCAUCAUCUGCAGGUUUGCAAAAUGAGCAAAAUAUGCUGAUGCCCCCUCAUACCCACUCAUCGUCCAGCGUGAACCAGUCCCAGAGCUUUUCUGGCUCAAUGAAAGAACGAUUCUCAGAGAAGCUCUUGACCAACCCCAGUUUGUGGAGCCUCAAUGCCCUAACUUCUCAGGUUGAAAACAUCUCCAACAAUGUCCAGCAGCUGCUGCUGUCUGAAGCUCUGAUGGCGAGCAAAAAGACCAGCAAACGAAACCAUCCUAAAAAGGGAGAAGAUUACAGAGGUCAACUGAAAGGUAUGGAUGAGUCUUGUCCUGAAAAUCAACAAGGUCCUUCUCCAUCUGAUGCUUACAGCAUUCCCAGGUCCAUGACAGCCGAACUGCAGGAGGGAGGAUACUCCAGCAGCACUGAGGACCAGAUGGAAAGAAAUUACUAUUAUUUUGGUCAGGAAAAGGGUCAAGGACACACCCAGACACACUCCCGUCUCAGCCUUGACACAGUGUCCACAUGCUCCUUAAACUCGGCUGACGAUGUCUCCGUUAGGUCAGGAGACUCAGUUCGAAGUCUCCAGAGCGUAGCCUCGGAGGAUAAUCUUAACUGUGACCCCAGAGUACAGAGAGCACUGUCUGAGGAGGAGCCCAAUAGCUCUCUCUGCUGCAUUAGAGAUGAGAGGUCUCCCAUCGGCAUAACAGCUCCAAGUCCUAUGAAACAAGAGAGUAAUUCACCACCAGACAUAAAACGUUCAGAGAGCACUCAAAAGGAGAACUUUGAGGAGUCAGCAUGGACCGAGAGGAUGGCUGAUGAAGACAAAACUGAACAAAGCAAGCCGUCUGCGGAGCAUGAUUGCAAAGGGGAGGUCACUGAAAAGCAAGAGAAGUGGCUGGAGGAUGAGAAAGGUCCUUCUCUUUUUCAGAAAAUAAAUAAAACCGUGUUGGAGGAAGGUUACUCCUAUGAAACGGAAGAGAAUAUCUACCAAGGGCUACAAAACAAAUAUGACUCUGAGAAAGAAAGCACGACGGAGAUAGACUGUUUUGCUGAACUCAGUCACAAAUGUGAUGAAGACACAGAAAUAAAGACAGAGCAUUUCAAAUCAGAGCCACAAACCAGUGUUGAAAUGCCAAUGGAAGACUCUCCCAGCAAUUCAGGCACUGAACUGUGUUUGCCAGAGAAAGAAGAACAUUCAAGCGGUGAGAAUUCAGUGGAGACCCCAGCAUCCACUCUUGAGGGACCUACGGACACCCUUGAGGAGCAGACUUCUGUCCUCUCUCAUACGUCCACUGAGGUGAGAGAUGAAAAGGAUUCAAUUCUGACAAGCUCAGACGAGGUUAUAAAUAAUAAAACAGAAUCACAAGAGUCUUUUGCAGACGUCUGUGGCACAUAUGAGGAGACGGAAAACACGCAACAAGUAAACACAGAAGCUGCAGAAAGCUUUGCACAGGACACACCACACAGCGAGAGCGAAAGGAGGUCAGUCAUAUGUGACAUUGCACCUCAGACUCACACUGCCAAGAGUGGCUUCUCAGCUCUCAAUGAGAAAACAACACCUUUGGCUCAGGCAAGGGAUCAUCACAUCGAUCGUAGUGAUGCAAAGGUGCUGGAGCCUGACUCUCCUCAGUUGCCAGGCAAGUCGAUACUGCACUCUGCACCAUCUUGGGCUGACACUCCACCCUCUCCCAAGAAAGGGGAUGAGGAUAUGGAGCCAGAAAUAAGCUGUCCCAGCGCGGUGACUCCCUCAGCCAAACCAGAGCCUUUUGCGCCAUCUUCACAUACAAGAAUGUUUGGUAAGAAACAUGUGCGGGGCAGGAGGAGACCAAUGAACUCAACUGCAGGAAUAAGAAGGCAGCUAAGUAUAGAAGAAGACACUGUUUCACCUUCUGCUCAAAAUCCUAACAUACCUUCAAGCAAAAGCACCCUUAUUGUUGAUCAGAUGGAAACUGCCCAUCAGAAUAUUAGUAGUCAAACACCAAAACUUGUUAUGGAGAGUUUACCAUCGCGGAUGUGCACUCGCUCCUACGGUUCACAAAGUAGCCAAAAGGUCUCCCCUCAUGACAGAAGGAAACCAGGUCCAAAGCCUGCUCCGAAAUCAAGUUCAAAAAUAGCUGUCAAGCCAGGUCCAAAAUCGAAUCCAAAACCUGCACCAAAGCAUAGUCCAAAAUCAAAUACAAAACCUGGUUCAAAAUCAGUUCCUAAAUCUGAGGUCAUGCCUAGUGUAAAACCUGGCCCCAAACCAAGUUUAAAAUCCACAGGGUCCAAAGAAAGUCCAAAGCCUUGUCCUAAAUCUGGUCCAAAAUCUGCCACUAAAUCCGGUCCAAAAUCUGCUUCUAAACUCGCCUCAAAGCCUGUGGCUGUGCCAGGAGAAACACUUGCUCCAAAGUCAAAUCAAAAGACAGCAGAGUCUAAGCCAAUUGUGGCAUCAGUAGCUAAAGGCCCAGGUCGACCGAAAGGAAUCAGUAAGAACAAACAGAUUAAGAUUAAACAAGAUGAAAAUGUUUAUACAGCUACAGAACAUACCAAGGACACACACUGUACUCAUGAACUGAAUUUGCAAGAUGUGACCACUGAAUUAGCUUUGGACACAAUUGUUGGUGUUGUGGAUACCACUAAAGAUAUAACUGUGGCUCCCACUUUGGAGUGUACGCUAGAUAGCAGCUGUAUAAAAUCGUUAGCGAGAGAGCAAAAGUCUAUGGUGUUAAGAUCACGGAAGCAAACAAAAGAUAAACUGACUGAAGAAAAAGAACAAAAAAAUGACAAAUCAAUGAAGACACCUUCAGCAAUGGUCACACACUCCUCAGAAAUACAGGAUGUUACUGUGGAUCAGUCGUGUGAGACUGAACCUUCAAAUCUCGAAUUACCCAAGCAGAAGGAUGUCUCCACAGAUUCACUUCAACAACCAGAUGAAGAGGUGGUUUCCGUCAAGCGAAAAUGCAGUUUAUCAACCUCAGAACCCAAAAGGAGGAAGAAAGGAAGGCAAGAUGAAGUAAAGGCACAGGAUUCUCCAUUAGAUAUAGUCCACAUUCCAAAGGGAAAGCGAAAGAGAGGACAACAUUUGCUCGUAGAAUCAGUAAGCACCACUUUAACUACUGAUAACCUUCCCACUGAUGACAUCAGUGACACGCCAUCUGUACCUCCUCAGUGUCCCACUAAAACCAAAUAUUUGCCUCCUCGGAAAGGCAGGGGACUUAAAUAUGAGGCAAUGGUUCAGAAAAUAACAUCCCCAGGGUCCAAAAAGCAACCUGUAAAUAACCAACCAGACAUUGUACUAGAAGAAUCUACGUUAAAACCAGUGCCGCAGGUACCAGAUCAAAAGGAGACAGCGAACGCCCCUGAGAUGCCUCAGACGGAGGGUGAAAGCACAGUAAGUACACAAGAACCCGAAAACACAGAAAUACAAACGCCAAGGAAGAAGAGGAGAAAGUGGGCCGCUGUAGAGAGCAGCGAUGCUCCAGAUGUAAGCCUGGAUGCUGGGAGUCUCGUUAUCAACACUCCGAGACUAGCUAAACAGAGAGCUAUUAAAAACAACCACGAGAUGCAUCUGAAGCAGCGAAAGAAGAGAAGAAAAGGCACUGAACCACAAGAAAACAUCCCCAUAGUGGAGCAACAGGAGCCUAAACAGACUGAUAUCUUGCCUACAUCUCCACCUUCCAUAAUCCCGCCAGAAACAUUUGAACAGACUCAGUGUAAUGAGCCACCAAAGGAAUUAGGCGUACCAGUGAUAAAACCCAAACGCGGCAGGCGGCCGUCACUUAAAAAGAAACAAGAGGCUCUCAAAGAGUCAAAAGAAGAUGAAAAUGUAAUCGAGAAGAAAAAAAAGCCUGGGCCCCAAAAAAAAUGUGUGGAUGCCUUAAAAGUUGUAGUGAAGAGACCUAGGAUCAAGACUAAAUGCAUCAAUGAACUGUCUCCAACAGUAAAGGGGACAUUAUCAGACUUACACCCAGAUCUAAGUGACGGAAAAUCCUCUUUCAGACCAUACGUGCAUAUCGACAGCUCUGUGGACGUCGCAUCUUUAUGCACUAUCGUCAACAGGCCUGAAGAAGAGCAGAUGAUCGGUCAGGCAAGAACAAAGAGUGAACCUAAAAUCAAAAAUCAAGUUGCAAAGACAGUGUCCAACUCUUCAGUAAUGCUCCAGGGUCCCUUAGUUAACAUUAGCCUAACUGACAGAUGUCUAACGUGCUGUUUAUGUGGAAAGCCAGCAAAUUACCGAGAGCUUGGGGACUUGUGCGGCCCCUAUUAUCCUGAGGACUGCAUACCACGAAAAACACUGUCAUCAACACACAGGAGUGAUUUCAGGCAAAACAGCAACUGUGCCAAUGAGACGGAGGUUAGUAGUAUUGUAAAAAGCACACAGAGUGAGUGUGAGCAGGACAUCCAACAGGAAAAGCCAAACGAAGGGCAUUCGAGGAGGGGCAAAAGGGCAAUUCGGGAACGGUCGAGAACCAGGCCGACUUUGCGAAUGAGGUUUAAAAGGCUGCUGAUUUUGCAGAGCAGACUUAGUGGAGCGUCUCCCCCUGCUGGUGUGGAGGGCAUUGAAACCAGUCUGCAGAGAUUACAGAUGGAGGCUGAGGAAAAAGAGCAUUGGGCUCAUGAAGCGUGUGCUGUCUGGACCACGGGCAUAAUCCUGGUAGCAGAUAAACUCUUUGGACUGACCGAGGCUGUUCAGAAAGCUGCACAUGCUAAAUGCUCCAGAUGCCAAGGUGAAGGAGCCUCCGUCUGCUGCAGCUGGAAGAGCUGUACUCAAAGCUACCACUAUAUCUGCGCCAAAGAGACGGGCUGCACGUUUGAAGAAGAAACCUUCUCUAUUCGGUGUCCGAAACACAAGGACAUGUAAUAUAUAAACACGGGCAGGACAUGAAGAUUGGAGGAUUUCAGCAGAAGAAUUAAGGAGGACCAGUGUCUGCAUGUGUGCUGCCCGAACAACUGGAGCUUCAGUGGAAGCACAAACACACACUGUAGCAAUACACACACACACACAAACACACACACACACACUGAAAAAAAGGGGAAAGAUGCUUCUGUUCUGAUCCGAAUGUGCCAUUCCUCCAUCCAACACACUGAAGAUGUCAUGCAACUCACUGGAUGUAUUUCAAUGGACACUUACAUGUUACAAAGAAGAAGAAAAAAUAAUGAUAAUAAUAAAAUAAACUGUAUGGUGUGCUUUACAGGUCUAAAUAUUCUGAUCUCAUGACGAAAUAAUGAACAAAAAAAAGAAGAUAUAAAUGCAUUAUUUUAAUAUACCGCUAUACGCCGAGAUGUAGGCUUGUUUUCAUGUGCAUCUGAAGAUAAAGCAGAUGAAGCACCGCGCAUCUGGAGGAGGGGAAAUAUCCUGCGUUCAUGUUGUGUGUGUAAGCAUUUAGGGAUGGGGUUUUUUUUUCUGCGGAAAUCAACAUUUUUGGGUUGAUUUACUCCGGCGUAUGCGUUAUAACAUUGAGGAAAUGUGACCCUCGACCAAAAAAAACAGUCUUAAAGGCACAGUACACCACCAAAACAAUAACAAUUCCCUCACUAAGAAUUGAUUCCCUUUCAUUUCCUUUAAGUUGCCUGGUAUAUUUAUCGAAAUUAUCACUUUGAUUACAAAAAUCAUUCCAAUAUUACAUAAAUAUUGUGUUCUAUGAGGACAUUUUGUACAUUUCCAAUCAUAAACUUCAUUUUUGAUUAAUAAUCUGCGCCUAAGAACCGAAUUUUAAAGCUGAUUUUCUCUAUAUCUAGAUUUUCAGCACCCUCAGAUUUCCAAAUCCUCAUAUCUCAGCCAUAUAAUAACAACAUACAUCAAUGUUUAGCUCAUUCAUUUGGCUUUCAUAAAUCUUAAUGUAACGAAUAAAUGAAAAUCGACUUUCUUUUCUCGGUUUAGGGUCAUAAUUUAACUGGAAUAGCGAUUUUUAAAUGAACAUUGUCAAAUCUGAAUUGUCAGACCAAACUAUGACUUGAUUUGUAAUAUGUUUUCAAGCAUUAGGGGCUGUUCACAUAUCACAUCUUAAACUGACUGACAAACCCUUGCAGUAGCUCUGAUACAGCUUUCAUUUAUGGAGAAAACGAAGACGCGCCGCAGUGUUUGUGGGAUCUAUAAUUGUCUCUAUGCUCGGAGUGUGUCGAAAAACAUCAGGUGAUCCAUCCAGCGAUUCCUUGACGUUCAUUGAACAGUAUUGGCAGUGUCAUAUAAUCCGAAUCCAUUCAGUUAAAUAGACAGAAACAUAUGUUCAUGUUGAGGAACACAGAAAAAUGACUAUUGAAAUACAAUACGUUAAAAAUCCUGUUGCAGAACAUGAAA